UUCUACAAUUGAGCACCAAAAUCGUAGAAAGAAAGAUGAGUGAGAAGGAAGCGAGGAUGAUAAUCGAAGGAGUGAAUUGUGGGAAAACUCGAUGGAUUUAUCGCGGGAUAGCCAUGUUGGCAUCUGUGGUUUGGUUAACUAGGUUCAGUGUGGAACUCUUGUGGCCGUCGUUAUGUUCGUCGUGGUCUACAUGGAAAGAAGAAUCUUGGGCGGUGGUUUUAGUGUUUGCAGCGCCAUUCUUGCACUCUGCCGGUUUGGUGGUGAGAUCGUUUUACGUUCCGGUUCCAGUUCCGACAAGUCACAACUCGGGAGAUUGGUCUGGCUUGGUCGGAAUUGCGAUGGUAACAGUGUGCGGCAUAUCACACUACAUUCACACCAUAGAAGGGUGUAUAUAUGGAUUUUCGUUGGUAGCUGGAUUAUUGGCCGCCAUGCAACUCUCUUGGCCGCCAAAAGAUGUAUCUGUCCAACAGGUUGUCUACACCGAUUUUCUACUGUGUUUGGUGGCGUAUUUAGGUUACCAACGACCUUUUUGGCUUGCUUGUGUUUUCGUAGCGGCCUUGAUCCUUGUUAAUACUCUUCUUUUCCAAGGACUACUAUUUCUUCAUACCAAACCCCCGGAGGAGGACACGUCUCUCGUCUCUGAUCUCAACGUUUAGGUUUAUUUAGGGAUUUCAGUUGCUUCCUUAAGUGUUUCUUAUUAUCUAGCGAUUUUGUACUUGUGAUCAAUUAAUAAAAUAUCUAUCCCUUU